AUGCCGGGAACAGUUGCGGAUGGGCCAACCGUGGCCAUGUCCUUUGCCAAUAACUUCUGGGGAAAGGAUGAUGCCGGUGUUGGGCCUAUGCUAGAUCGGAUGCAUGGUUCUAAAGUCUCCUGCGACGAGUUAAAAACAUUCUACAACAUUCGGGCUGCUAUCGAAGAAGAAUAUGCACGAAAGCUUCUGGCGCUUUGUCGCAAAUCGCUUGGAUCUUGUGAAACCGGCUCGCUCCGUUCAUCCUUUGACGUGAUGCGCGGCGAAACGGAAGCCAUUGCGAAGUCCCACGCCGCUAUCGCCGUCCAGAUGAAGCGAGAGCUGGAAGAGCCUUUGAUAGCCUUCGCCGGUGGAUCGAAAGAGAGGAGGAAAAUCAUCCAGACAGGAAUUGAACGGUUGCUGAAAACCAAGAUUAACCAGACUCAAUCAGUAAAUAAGACCCGAGAUCGCUAUGAGCAGGAUUGCCUAAGAAUCAAAGGGUACCUUGCACAAGGACACAUGGUAAUGGGACAAGAAGAGCGCAAGAACAAAGCAAAACUCGAGAAAACACAGAUACAGCUUGCUUCUAGUAGCAGCGAGUACGAAACCGCCAUCAAGAUUCUCGAAGAGACUACCGGGCGUUGGAACAAGGAGUGGAAGUCUGCCUGUGAUAAAUUCCAAGAUCUCGAGGAGGAAAGACUUGACUUUACGAAGAGCAGCCUGUGGACAUAUGCAAACAUUGCGUCCACAGUCUGCGUUAGCGACGAUGCUUCCUGCGAGAAGGUGCGCCUUUCGUUGGAAAAUUGCGAGGUCGAAAAAGACAUUGUCCAUUUCAUCAAAGAGAAGGGAACAGGCCAGGAUAUCCCGGACCCUCCACGUUUUAUUAACUUCUGCCGCGGAGAUAUCAAUGACUCAAGCUCGGAAGUGUCCGAAGAAGAUGGAUAUUCUGUGGCCCAGUUCCAACGCACCAUCAAUCCGGCGUUCCGCAGUUCCUCGCCCCAGCCGUCGACUUACGAAUCUCAUCACGACCCACAGUCCGAUCUCGCUGCUAAGAUGGGCCACAAUGAGCCACCGACUCCCUCUAGCAGAGAGACUACCGUCACUCCACAGAGACCAAUGCAGCCACCACAAAUGCAGCCACCACCAACGCAGCAGCCGCCCCCAUUGGAUCUUCGUCGGGGUGGCCACCCUCCUCCCAACUAUGACCCGAACCAGCACGGUGAGAUCGGAAAAGUGCCUCAUAAUGCUUAUCCGACAGAUGGUAUGACGAUGUUUUGCAGAACCGGCCCCCCUUCAGAACGUAGUUCAGGAACGAACAGUGGUUACCGCCCCUCGAGCCGCGAUUCCCAAAGUGAGGUUUCGAACCCAACGUCGAUGUCCAGUCAAGAGCCGCCAAGUGCCAGACAGUCCCCAACCAAGCCUAUUAAUGGCGUGGCCCUUCCGGGUAUCAGCAACGAGAAGCAAGUUCAGAAGAAGAGAAGUGCAUUCUUCAGCAACAGUCCGUUCCGCCGCAAGAGCCGUCACGAUAAAGAUCGGAACUCUGGUUCAGCACAGCCGCCUUCACGCGGUGGUACAUGGGAUUCGAAGCCGUCGAGUCCGGUGAAGGCUCCGCAGCCGCAACCGCAGCCACAACCGCAGCCAGCGCAACCGAUCAUCGUGCCUGACAACGUCCGGUCAUCUGGAAGUGAGGAGCCAGUGGACCCUAGGGCUAACUUCCAACUGAAUGUUGGGAACAAUGUAUUCGAUGUGGAGUCCCCGGACAGGAGCAGGUCCAAGAAGGCAUCACAGACCGCCUCUAAGGGCACGGAAGACGAACUGGAUCCCAUUGCGCGCGCUCUAGCAGACCUCAAGACAACCGGAAAGCCUGCGAGCACUCGCGUGUCCGCUGAUAGAUAUCAUGGAAUUGCCACACCGGUGCCUUCCGCGCCUGCGGCCAACUAUACUAGUGCCUCCGUGGCCACGCCACCCCCGGCGUAUAAUGAUCCCACGGUGAAACGUCUUGAUGCCCCACAGCCAGCUUUCACUUCGGCACAAAUGCAAAAGACAACAAAAAGAUACACUGGACAGGCCCAGGGCAUGCUUCGCGGAUCUGGCAACAAUGCCGGCUCCUCGAAUCCCCCAAGCAGACAGUCUCAAGAGGCUCCACGUGCAAGAUCACCGGCACCUAGACGAAGCGCCAGCCCUCAGCCGAGCCCUCGUGUUGACACGCGCAUGAGCCAGUACAGCAGAGGCGCAAGCCCAGCACCCAGCUCGCGCUCGCACCAGUCGAGUAUGAAGAACCGCUAUAGCCAGUCGCCUACGGUCUCAACACCGCCUCAACGCCCUGCCGAUACGACUUACUCCCCACAUGAGUACAGCAAGCCAAUUUCACGAGCCGCAUCCCCCCAGCCCCAGUUCAGGCAGCAAGCUCGGCCAUCCAGUGCUGGUGGAAUGGAGCUGCAGUUGUCAGGAAGCCCCGUUGACAUGUACGGCGGCGGCCACGAUGGAUACGCUUCCCCCCGGCGGGAACCCAGCAGACCGAUGUCCUAUUAUGGCGAUGGGGGAAGCCAAAGGAGUCGGUCCCGGAGCAGAGCUAUGGCUGUCGCCGAUCCUGGAAGACAGUUCAGUCGUGACGGUCGUCCGAUCUUGCAUUUCGCUCGAGCCAUGUACAGUUAUACCGCCGCGAUCCCGGAAGAAUUGGGUUUCACCAAAGGUGACGUCCUGUCAGUCAUCCGACUUCAAGAUGAUGGCUGGUGGGAAGCUGAAAUCACCACCAGCCGCAGCCGCCCUGGCUUGGUGCCUAGCAACUAUCUGCAAAUCAUUUAA